AUGAUACCUCACGGCUCCCUUGCCGUUGCAAUCGUACAGCGUCAGAUCAUGGUCGUGCAAGCUGCACAUUCGCAUAGUUCCAGAGAUCGAUGGGUAGAUGUCAAUACUUUCAUCCCCUUCGGCGAGCGUGUCUUCCUUGCUUCCAGCGUACCCCAAGCACGCAUUCCAUCGUCUGAUAUCCUCACCAUCUUCCCUCGCGAUGACUGUAUUCCACGUGUGUCCACCAAGGGCAUCUUAGAGUUGUCGCACGAAGCCUUCCUCCAGUUCAUAGACUUUAGUGCUCGCAGACAACAGCGAUAUGACGAAUUAUUUGAUGCAUGGUCUAAUUCUGCAGCGUAG